GGAAAAAGCGCAAAAUAGGAUUUGUCAUGUCGGAGUUGGUCAAUGUUGUUUGCAUCGGACGGAGAUACAAAUCUUGCUGAUGGACAAUUCUGGCCGAAACCAUGCUCGGUGUGUGUGUGUUUUUCCGUGAUUUAUGGUGCUGCGCGGUUGCUGCGGUGGAAAAGAUUGACUACCGUCUCCCAAUGCCAUAAAAGCUAUGAUGUGAUGAAGGUGAAUAAUUAAUAGAAUGUGCAGCAAUGAAGCUUGCGUUUCGAUACAGUAUGUGUGUAGCUUUCUUCGCUUCGGAUGAGCUGAUAACAUUGUGAAAGGGAAAUCAGGUUAACGAGGUCUCGCAAGAAAUACGCGCAGCGUAAUAAGACUAUUAUUGUGAUAGGUGGUAUUAUUUUCCACAGGAUGAGAUAUUAUCAAAAUGAAAAUAAAACCAGUCCAUAUAAAGUACGUUGCUUGAAAUAUGUGCGCUUUGAUAGAAUAGACAUCGUCGCCACAGUCAGCGUGCCUGUACGUCAUUUGCACAGGUCACAGGCUUUAUUGCAAUGCCAGUUUGAAGGGUGUUUACGCUAUUUUUCCACCGAACGAAAGUAACACUACACGUCUCGAAAUAGGUUUCCGGCAUGGUUUUGCAGAACAAGCACGACACUAUCGAAAAACGAUACCAGCACGAGAAAGAUCAAAGGCUAAUCUGACGGCAGUGACACGUGUUUGAAUUCUCGAAAAGGUUAUUGCAGAAGAAUGGAGCACUGGAGCGCGCAUGGUGCUUGAAAAUAGAGCGCACCGUUUGGAUCGUAUUUUAUCGGGGCCACCGAAUGUCACCGCGGCUGGCGAGGACGGUGGCAAGCGAGCAAAGCUCUCGUUCUGCACCCAGAAGCCAUGAUAAUCUGCUGUUGGUGCAUGGUUCAAAUUUAAAGCAUUACCUCUGUGGGAAGCCGCUACGUUUUACAUUCCGCAGCUUGAUUGUUGGUAGCUGGUGCGAUGCUCCCGACGGAAACGAUACAGAAGAAACUGCUGCUCACUGAGUUAUUCCAUGAGUUGUGUAAAUAAAUACUCUUGAGGAAAAAGCAAAAAAUGAAAAAACGAACGCAGACGCAAGUUUAAUGGAGAAUUUUCCUGCACAAAAUAAUGCAAGCGCUCUAGCAGAUGCUUCAUUCUUGUAGCUCACUUAGUAGAAACUCUCGCUAGUGGGUGCUUUUUUGUAGCUUCAUCUUCUGCUGGCGCUGCCAUUGCUGUGGAAUUUAGCGAACGGUAAAGGUAGUAGCGUUGGAAUGGAUCGGUACUUUCUUACGCUUAAAAACUUGCCAGCAGUUUUUUUCCCUUUCUUCUCACGCUCGAAAGCUUAGCGCACCUUUCACUAGCUUCAUUUUCUCGCUCGAAAACCCGAUCCUCCUUCGGCGUAUUUGACACAAGAAUGGGAGCACAAAAAAAACAAAAACCAUAAUGGGAAUUUAUUAAAGAUUUACAGCAUGUCUACCAUUCAACGUUCACUCAUGAACAUACCGUGCUUGGUCGGACAAGGGGAGAGGAUGUGGAGAACAUUUUACGCAAGGAUGUCAAAACAUUUAGCUUUCAUCUUCGGAGCGAGAAAAUUAGAACGGAGAUGAUGCAAGCUUUCACCAGCUCUCGGGCGGGGUUUUUUUUUCCCCGGGAGUUUGCUUAUUCCACGCGCUUCGUACUUGAUUGGUCCUUGUGCGGCUCCGGCAGCGAGUCGAGUGGCCGGAGCAGUUUGGUGCGGAUCGCAUUUCGCUUAAUCUGUUCCGGAUAGUAGUGGCUCAUGCUCAUGCUCAGUGCCCUUUUUUGUUGUUGUAAAGACUCUGUUCCUCAUGUUCGCUUUCGGUAUGCUUCGCGGAAAAAAAUGAACCGAUGGAUUAAUACAUCUGCUGGAAUUUAAUAACUUAGUUUUUUCUUCAAUCGAUGCUUUACUCCCCUUUCGUAAUGGAUGCUUCCGUACUGGUGUACUCACUGAUGUUCCUCACGGUGUAAUCGAAGGGACCGGUAUUGGGUCCACCGCUUGUAGCAGGAAGCGAACAAAUAUGUGAAGCUAGUUAUUAAAAGCUAUUGAUGUAGUAAAACGGAUCAAAUGAGAAUUACUUCCUGCGCCCUGAGGAGGAGUAGGACGGGAAUAGAGUAUUUGUAAUUUAAAAGAAUUUUUGUCAUUGUCUGUUACACAAUUUGAUGGAAUGAGUCGGUUCACAAGUUGAAAGCAAUGCCUUAAAAUCGUAAUACUAUCACUCCUAUCACAAAGCUACUUUCCUUGCAGAGAGCCACAAGUAGUGAAAUCAACCAACGACGGACAAUACUAAUAAACAUCCGAUCUAAUUGUUUGCUAAUUGUGAUCGAUAGCUGUUGGAUCAGUUGCAUUUGCAUUGCGGCCGUAAGAUAUCGUUUGUAUCGAUUCAUAAUUUGCUCUCCAGCUCGGCGAACGUGCUGUGCAGCGUACAGUGUCACUUGUAAGCCACUAAAACGUGCACAGACAUGGACCAUCCAGAGGACUCAACUCGAUCGACUUCCGGCAGUUUGCUCUCGCUGAGUCUCUUCAGCCAGUACAGCAGAAAUCGAAUCCAGCCACCCUUCCCGAAACCCCACUACAGCUGAGCCGAACGAGAAGCAUGAGCUGCCAGCUAUCGAAUAACGCAGACUGUGGGUUUGGGAAAGCAAGAACCGGCAAGCGUAACCAUCCGGCUCAAACAUAAUCCAUCCAUCGAUUAAUUAAUGUAUCUGGUCGAUUACUGGCCGUGAUACGGAAAUAUGAGUGGCCUCGUUGGUUGGGUUGCCGGACUGAAGUUCGUUUUGUGAUCUUUGACCAUCUUCAAACAAGCAGAGCAGAGAGUGCACGGAUGUUGGCGGUACAAUGGUUGCUCGAUGCAACUAGCUCAAUGCUGUCUAUGGUAGACUUACCGAAAUACGCCCCACUUAUCCCGCAUUACUUCGAUCGAAGUCCGAAACGAAUAUUUGAGAGGAAACAACAAAACGAGGGCUGUAAAAUUGCUGUGCACUGUAGUGGCACAGUUCCCGAUCGGCGCAGCAUUAGUGUAGUCUCCAGUGAUUUAUCACUUCCUGCGGGAAGUCCGCCGAGGGUGUCCGAGGGUUUCUGGUACCAGCGCCUGCGGUCGACCUGCUAUUUGGGCACCCUUGAACGGUUUGCAUAAUGAAGCCUAUACCUCCGGGCGGGGCUAUGUUUUUGGAGAGCAAACAAGGCUACGUCGGUGCUCGGCGUGCUCGGCCAACCGGGGCACCGGAGCUGUUGAAUACACCUACCCUGAAUAUAGGUUAAUUGCCGGUACACAGGUUUAGCUUUUGUCGCUCCGCAUCUUGAUGGGCCGAGCGCCUGGGCCUGUCUUGUGGCCCGCUCUAAUCGGAUGCAUCGAACGGAACACUCGCCGGACGGAUAGCCUUGACUCCCUUUUCUUAAUCAGUGCCUUGACGAUGGUUUCGGAAUCAAUAUUUAUGUAGCACACGUGCACCACCUGACAGCCGACAACCAUUUCGUCCACCGUGGACUAACUGCGGGCUAGAGCGCGUUACAUCACGGCCUCAAGGCAGAAUGUAGAACAUCCCUUUCCCCCUUUGCUGCUCGCCAAAAGUGUAACAUAUUUCAACCACGGUCGAAACAACGAGACCACUAAUGGGGCGAAGGAAAGGAGUAAUUGUGGGGAGGGAGUGUCUGCUGUCAUCAGCACAAAUCCAAAUGGCGCUGACGUUCGCGCUACAGACCCAGUCCACAGUGAAGCGAAGUACGGCAAGUUGUAAACCCGGUGGCAGUGCAUACUAGCGGUCCUUGAGCUGGUUUGAAUGGGGGAUGGAGGUGGAGGGAAAAGAGCGCCAAAUAAUAUCUGAUCGCCAUCGAUAAUGAUGAUAAAUUAAACUCGUAGUUAAUCGACUGCGAGAACUUGCGAAGCGUUUCUUACGCUACUGCCGGGCUAGCAAUAGAACGUGCUCUCGUAAGUCUCGCCUUGGCUCGUGUGGCCGCGCGGAAGAGACAUGGAAGCCGGCGGUGGUGGUAAGCGCGGUCGUAAAAGCACACGAAACCCGCCGGAAUGGGAAAACGGACGGUAUUAAUUACAAUUUGCCGAAGAAAUGGUGCUUGCAGUGCUCGCUCGGCAGUGGGUUUAGGAUGCUGUUCACACAUUUACGUAGUUGAUUGAUGUUCUCUGGUGUGGGAUUAUCUGUGCAGCUACUGGGGCUUACGCGCAGAUACAACUAGAAGGUCAGUAGUGCAUUAAAGUGUUGAAAGUUGGUUGCAUACUAUUGAAGAUAAAUUGUAAUUUUGAUGGAAAUGGAAAGCUUACUACUGUUUAUAUGGGGAUAUCAACAAGACGAUUUGUUGCAAGUACUUUUACUGUAGCUACGUCAUCGUAAUUAAAGGCUUUAUUUUGUUCUAAAAUCAUAACCCUAAUGUAAACGCUUCUUGUAACAAGUUUAUCAAUUUUUUACUGGUGCUGAUACUGUAUAUUUUUACAAACUGUUUCGCCUUCAGGGCAGUUGCAUUUCCCAAUCCAAGGUUUCAAAUUGAUGUGAUACGUUCUAGCUAUGUAUAAUGUGUGGAAAGCUUAGAAUUUGCACUUCCUUUUUGCGGUAUUUAAAAGGAACUACAUCGAUUGCGAUGAAAGUGUAACAGUAUUUACAUGCAAGAAUAAAAUUCUUGUGAAAUUGUUGUAAGUUAUUCUGAAACAGGCCAGAAGCUUCUGUAGUUAAGCAUUUUAGUUAAAAAUUAGAUCGACAAGAAAGUGUAGAACUAAUAACCGUGUACAGAACCAGAAACUCUAAACGACUGAUAAAGCAUCAGUCGUAAUAGUGCCAUUGCCAGGGAUGCACAUCAAACGUCCCACAACAGAAGGGUCAGAUUGUUGCCGUUUACAGUGCAAUUAGGUAAUUAUUUCUUCCCACGCUGCCAUCUCCUUCCCCACCCAAUUCCUAUUUCGCAUGAGCAUCCUAAAUGGAUAGGGACGGCACCGGUGUGCGUCGAACCGGUGUACUGCAGUGCGUGUCCCGUUCCCAGCGUGCGUUAGGCAGCAACCGUGAGGCAGAAAAUGAAAAGUGCCUGCCCGCCUGCGGUAGCAGGGGCGAUAAAUGGAGCCGCGAAGUGAACCCCGAACCCGCCGGGCCGGUUCGCCAGUGAAGGUGAAGAAAAAGUCCACCGCCAAGCACACGGUCAAGUUUAAGGACCAGGCACGGGACGACGUGCUGGUGGUGACGGUCGAGCCGCCGUCGCCGUCGCCCGGCUCGCCCGAACCGUCCCCCAAGACGGCCGUAACGUUUGCGCUUCCGCCGAUCGCGAGCGUCUCGUACCAGCGGCCCAAAACCGGCGGUGAAAAGCCCCCGACCACCGAUACACGUGCGCUUCCGAAGGAGAAGGAUCCAACGAAACGGACGGCAAAACCGGCCGACAGCCAGCGGCUGGCCGAGGGAUGUACCUCGCUAAUGUACGCCUGCCAGCAGGGUCUUACCGGUGAUAUAUUGAAGGAGCUGCGACAAAAGCCCAGCGCCGUACAUCGACGGGAUCGGAGCAACAAAAGUGCCUUACACUACUGCAGCAGUGCGCAGGAUAUUGCUGCGGCCGCGAGCGUCGCCAUGGUAGCGCCCGAGCUGAUCGAGUCCGCGGACGAGGAUGGAUUUACGCCGCUGCAUCUGGCGGUAAUACAGGGAAACCUGCAGCUGGUCAAUCUGCUGCUAGCGAACGGGGCGGAUGUGAACGCACUCGACAACGAGGGACAUUCGGUGGUGCACUGGGCAACCGUGUGCGGUGAGGUGGAGGCACUGCGCGCCGUCCUGGCAGCCGGCGCGGAUGUGUCCACGCCGGACAUUAACGGGGGCAGCCCGCUGCACUAUGCCGCCCAGAUGUGCGGUGCCAACUACGAGGGCAAGACGGCACGCGCCUCGGCCAAGCUGGCGCUCGAGAUACUGAACACGCUCCUGAACCAUCCUGAUACUUCGGUGGAAGUAGAGGAUAAGGAUGGCCGACAACCGCUGCUGUGGGCUGCAUCCGCCGGCUCGGCCAAGGCUGUGCUGGCUUUGAUAAAAGCUGGGGCUCACGUCGAAAGUGCCGAUAAGGACGGACUGACCGCACUGCACUGUGCUGCAUCGCGGGGCCACACCGAGUGCAUCGAUACGCUGAUCAACCUGUGCGGCGCGCACACCGACCAGAUCGACUCGAACGGCUGCACGGCGCUGCACUACGCGGUUACGCUCGGGCAUGCCGAUGCGACGUCGCUGCUGCUGAAGCUGGAUGCCGAUCCGAACCGGCAGGACCGGAAGGGCCGCACGCCGGCCCACUGCGGGUGUGCGAAGGGCCAGAUGGAGACGGUCAAGAUACUGCACGCGAAGAAGGGCAAUCUGUGGCUGCGGAACGCGAAGGGCGAUCUGCCGGUGCACGAUGCGGCCUGUUCCGGCCGCCGCCAGCUCGUCCAGUGGCUGAUCCAGAUGAAGCCGAAGCACAUCAACACAACGAGCAACGACGGGCGGACGCUGCUGCACAUUGCCGCCGGGCACGACAAUGUGGACAUGUGCAAGCUGCUGCUGGAGCUGGGCGCCGACGUCAAUCUGCUGUACCGGCCGUCGUCGAAGGGGGCGCCACUAACGCCGCUCGAUUACGCGCUGGCCAAAGGGUACCGGUCGACCGCCAAGUACCUGCAGAUGCAGGGCGGCCUGCCAGCGAACAAGCUGCGGCUGUCCGGGCGCCAGCAAAAGAUCCUGCCCGACAUUGAUCGGGUGGAGCCGCUGAAGCUGACGGAGAAGGAAGAGCUGAUCGAUCUGAAAACGUCCAAGCGGUACAUCGUCUAUCUCAACUCCAACUCGGACAGCGAGUCGCAGGAGGAUCGGCCGCACCGGAAGAGCCGGCACAAGCGAAAAGGCAGCCACCGGGGUCGCCGCACGAGCAGCUGCAGCGAUACGGUGUACCUCUACCGGGACGGCUCGAACGACAUCAGCCGGUCGCGCAGCAAUGCGGAGCUGCAUCGCAGCGAUCAGCGCACGGGCAAGCAUCGCCGCAGCAGCAGCUCAUCGUCCGCCAGCACGAGCGGUUCGUCCUCGGACGGCUGCUGCCGGCACGUGCGCCGAAAGCACAAGUGCUACAAGAAGUGCUCCUCCAAGCGGUCCCACUCGCGCGACCGACACAAGGACCGCGAGCGGGAGGAGACGCGCGACGCACCACUGCCACCGGACGCGCUGAAGGAGUACGAGUUUAAGUACGCGGAGAAGAAGGAACCGGGGCCGCGCAAGCCGGGCGAGCGGUGCGGCAAGAUCAUCCUGAAGCAGGUGCACAGCGGCUCCUCCGAGAAUGAUUCCCCCGCGAACGGAGGUGGUCGGGCGGGACCGGGGCUAAAGUUUCCCUCCGAGCGACGCGAAACGCAUCUCGGGCUGCCCGUGCAGCUACAGUACGGUGGCGCUGGUGGGUUUGAUGCUUCCGGUGGUUUGAGCGAUUUUUUAGACGAACCCACGUCACCCCGAACGCCACCGCGGGCCGAGUUUAACAUCCGCAAAGAGUCGGACGCGAAGAGCGAGGGCAAGUCGUCCGACUCGAGCACGACGAAGAAGAAGAAGGUUAAGGGCACGGGCAAGAAGUCGAAGCUGGCCAAGACGGCCAAAAAGUCCGACUCGCCCAGCGAGGAGGAACAGGCGAAAGUGCCGGCACCGGUCACCGAGGUGGUAACGCAGGCGCAGGUGCACCCCGCGCCCGAAUCGAUGUCCAAGUCGACGGAGGACGACGGUGCGGCCACGGACGCCACGUACACGAUCGAGCAGCGCACCCGGUCGGACGUGGAGGGACUCAGCGAGACGGAAGAGCGUAGCGCGAAAGGGGGACUACCGCGCGUAACUAGCAAACCGAUGGCGGAAACGAUCCGCGAAGAGGUGCGCGAUGAACACGCGGUAGAGAUGACGCAGCAGCAGCAGCAGGCGGUACGCAAAGAUCGCUCCAAGCUCAAAUCCGCCAAGAGUGACAGCUCCAAGAGCCACUCCAAGUCGGAGUCGUCCGAUAAGGAAGCGUCCAAAGUGCAGCAGAAACCGCCGGCACUCCCUUUAGAGGAACCGCCGGCCGCCCCGCCGGCCCCUCCUCCAUCACCUCCUCCGUUAGCGAAAGAGCCGACACCUGAGCCGGCACCCGAACCCAAGCCUGAAGCAAUCUCCGUCCCAGAACCGAAGCCGGAACCACAGCCAGCACCACUGCCACAGCAGCUAGAACCACUGCCCGAGCUGGUGGAGGAGCGGACGGAACCGACGGUUGAGUCGCAAGCGCCCCAAGGCCUGGAAGUGGACCGAGGCGGUGGAGGCGGCCCGGCUGAAGAUGAGCCUUUAAUAGCGGAGGAAUCACUGCCGCCACUAGUAGAGCCGGAAGACCCUCCAGCGCCGACGAAGCUGGAAGGGGAACAGAAAAGCACACCGGAGGAAACGAGCGAAAGUUCACCGUCGAAAUCGAGCGAAGAGACGGAACCGACAUCGGUCGUGCAGGAAGUCCCCGAGAAGGAGGAGCAAAAACCUGCCCCACCACCGGUGGUCGAGGAGCCACCGAAGGUGUCGGAAGUGGUGCCUCCGGUGGUGGAAAAAGCGAAACCGCAAGAGCCCGCGAAAGAGCGACCCAAGCUGCGCCGUUCGAUGGAGUCGAAGAUGGAGAGCGUUGAGGAGGUGACGGCUCCGGUACCGGCUGAGCCAGUGCCGCCACCGCUAGACCAGGCAAAGGUCGAUCAAACGCGCGGGUUUUUUGUCAGCCUGGACGGCACGGCUGAAGAUGACGAGAAGAAGAAGAAGAAAAUCAAGAAGAAACCGCGCCUGAAGGAGGACGAGCAGCAGGAGCAGCAAAGCAGCAAGGAUCAGGACUCGGGGUUCGAGCCGAGCCCGCAGGCCGUACGCAGCAAGCCGACCGUGUUCGAGCGCCCGACCCACACGGCCACCCUGCCGCGCCGGGCCGCCUUCUCGAUGGUGGAGGAGCGGGCGGCCAGUUCGCGGCCGGAGGGCCGCAAGCCGGGCGACAAGAACGCCGUCAACAUGACGACCGUCCAGCAGUCGAUCCAUCGUAACAUUCGAAGAUAAAAGUAAAGAAACACACUCAAGAAGAGCAUUGUUCAAGAGGGUGUAAUACAGACACAUACAGAGCAAAGAACAAAAAAAAACUAAUACAAAUACAAAUAGUGCGCACCAGAUUGAAACUACACUAAGCCCCGAAGCACACUGAACAGCAAUCUCAAGUACUGAAAGGCCAUCCCGGUCAUGUCUGCAAAAUAAAAUCCCGUAAACUUACUCAAGCUUUAGUGAGAGUGCACCGAUAUGAACAUUUCUACAACCGAGAAGCCGUGCGGGCGUGAGUGUGUGUGUGUGUGUGUGAAAGAGUAAGUGAGUGUGAACUGACCGGAAGCAUUCAGCCCUGAGUUGCAGAGUUUGUAACGCAUCCGGCAACUUUGAAGAAGAUGAGAUGAAACGGAUGGGGCCAAUCAGAAACAGGCCGGCCCGUCUACUAGGCAGGCUCACAAUCGAUAAUCGUUGCGUUCGACAGUUACAGACAGGUUGUGAGGAAGGUUUUGUUUUUAAAGCAAUUACCAACCACCAAACCCAGCUACUUCUUCUGCGUUUUCUGUAGUAUCUCCUCAAAAAAGGGUCAGUUUAAUGAGCAAUGUAGGGGGUUUCAGGUAGUCAGUAACGAGAGUUUCUGUAGACAUUAGAUUCGUAGUGUGAGUGUUGAUUAAUAUGAUGCAAGAUUCAAUUUGUACACCGUUUCUUAUACCAAUAUGUACUCUGUGGCGAGGAGUGUGUAGGGAUGUAACUGUAGGAUCAGCUUUCAGGAGACACUUAGUGUCCUUUUGAGGUGUAGGAUGUUUGGUAGAGUAAGCACGCCACGCUUUGUGUGUGCCCAUGUGUGUUUGUGUGUGUUUUAUGGUGUGCGUGUAUCCUUAGUGCCCACAGUGUUAGGAGGCUAGAAUUGUAAUACGGGUAGGACUGUGUAGUAGACAAUAUUGUGUGAGCAAAACCCACCGACUGUAGAGUGUAUCUUUUCACCGAGAGUUUGGUAGUAAUAAUAGUGAAUAACAUAGUUUCAUGCUAGACAACAACCUCCUAGUAAAUGGGCGAGCGCGGGAUGUUGGGCUUCCUGAGAGCGAUAUUUAAAAUUCGUAAGUAGGCAGAGAACAAGUAGUGAAAAGCAUGGAUUUGAGCAAAACAAUUAUUACACCAAGGUCCAAACUCCAUCCUUACGGUUACUUCCAUUCCUUACCCAGUUCCUGUUUUCCAAACUCAACUCACCUAUUCAUUGUGUAUGUGAAGCUCUGUAUUUUCUGAUGUCCUAAACCUUUUUUUUUGGUGUCACCAUCAAUAUAUGUUUCUUUUCGUCCUGUGCCAUUUCCGUCAAACCGUUGUGCGUUUUAUGUUUUGUUUAUUAUUACUAAUUUGCUCACAUCUGUGUCGUUUCACUCGCUCGUGCGCUUCAAGAAGCUUUAACGCGAUCGCGAACAUCCACGCAACCUCUUGCUUACGUUCCUUUCCGAGCGCUAUCAGUGCCGUUCGGUUGCUGUUGCUACCGCAGCGCGACAUGCUGAAAGCCAUACUAAUCAUACGCAAGCUAUACAGCAAACAAGCGAAACAAACCCUUCCCAUCAAAGCGCAGCUGCUGCGGCAAAUCGAAACAAUGAAACAGUGUUCAGCUUAACAAAACAAGUCUAGACAACAACAACAACAAAAAAACAUUCAAACUCCCCUUUCUCUUAAAAAAAACCAAACCAAACAUCAACAAUUCUCAAAAAAAGCCAAAACCAACAAACCAAACCUAUCAAUCGCCCAAUCACUGCCCGCUCUUAUUCCC